AAGGUGUGGGGGCCUCUUUCUAGCUCUCUCUUUCUCGCCCCCCCCCGCCGCCGCCGCCCGCCUUCAUUACAGCCAAGAGAAAGAUUUUAAACUCCCUUUUCUAGUCUAGUGGACACAUUUACAUUUAUCAAAUGGAACCUACUUCCCGUUUAAGGUGGGGGGGGGGAGGCGGCGGCGGAUGCAAAUAGUUUAUUGCUCAUAUAGGCCAAGUUCAUACAUGCAGAACAGGUGCAUACGCUAAACGCAUUUCACGCUCUGUGUGUUAUAGGAAUAAGCUUUUGCACCUGUUUGAAAUUGGGUUUAUAUAGGUCAGUGUAUACUUGCAGACAGAUAUAUACAGUCGUGCACAUGUGUAUGCUGUAGGGAUAGGCUUUUGUAUCUGUGCACAGUUAUAUCUAUUAUAAAUGCUAUGCAUUUAUAGUAUUAUAUAAAGAUUUGUAGAAUUUUGCACAUGCUUCCUUAAGGAAGCUAGCCAUGUUACAUAUUUUUACGUCAUAAAGCAAUGUGUGUGUUUUUUUGUUGGCUGUCUUGUGAAAGGCAAGUUAAUAUGAUUUUUUGAAUUUAUAUACAUGUACUUUUGUAUAGAAACGUUAAUAGUUCUGAGUGUGAAAUUGUACACAAUCUUGUGCCUUUUGUAUAAGUGUCAAGAUGGCUAAGAAAAAUCGCACAAUAACAAAAAUUGCAUGCACAAAAAUAUUUUACAUCCUUAUAAAAUGUAUUAAAAUUAUUAGUAUCUGCAUGUGGGUGGUAUGUACACACACACACACCUAUUACAGUUGUAUGUGUUUACAUGUGUGGAAUUGCUGUACAGAUGUUGGUUGGAAAGGAAAGGGAAAUUAUAACAGUGACUCUUUCAUUGACCUAUAUUCUCUCUCCUGAAAAUUAUAAGGGCAGCCCUGCUACAUCAGAGUGCAGCAUCCUACCUCAUGUAGUACCUGUUGGUUGCCUCCAGAAGGCAAGCAAGUUGGAUUUCAAGGCAGCAGCCCUUGCCCUUUGACUUUCCCUACUAGUGCCCCCUUGCAGCAUCUUUUAUCUCAUGGAAUACUGCCCCUGAACAUGGAGGUUCCAUCAAGCCUUACAUGUGGUGAUUGGCCUUGACUGCUGCCUUCCUCCAUGGAUUUGUAUAAUUUCCCUUUUAAUACCAUGAUGAUAAUGAUAGUAUAAACCUUUAGUGUGUUCAGAUUCAUCAGAUGUUUUCUCAAAGUGCAUGAUAGGAUGAGGCAAUACACAUACAAGCAUCCCCCCACUUGCGCAUGAUCGACUUGCAUGUGACCAUGGUAUACAAGCAGCACCAAGGAAUGUUUUAAUAAUUUAAUUCAUACAUGAAAAUGGAGAGAGAGGGGUGCAGAGUCCUUGUGGCUCAUGAGGAGACCCUCCCUGGAGCCCAAGGAGGACAUCCAGAGAGGGCAGAAAAGAGACUGGAGGUGCAGCAGUGCUUUGUUUGGGCUGCUUAGCCUCCCUGCCUAACAGCUGGUGCAUGUGGUCGUGUAGUAGCAGUUGCUUUUCCUCAUGUCCUUCAGUCUCCUGCUGGCCCCAGAGCUUCAAUUCCAGUUGUGGAUAUUUUUGGUACAGUUUUUAUUUUAAUUUUAAUUUUUUGGAGAGUACCAUAGUAUUUGGAGAGAGAGUGGCUUCAUAGUACUGCCUUAUGCUACUGUUUUUUAAAUCCACUGUUUGCUUCCAUUUGUCAACUCUUUAAAGAUUGUCUAAGGCAAAAAAAAACCUGUUUCCUAUUUAGUAAUAAAUAACUGACACUUAGCCAGUGCCUUGACAUUCAUCAUGGUUCUCCUUGUGCCACAUGACCCGGAUAGCUGUCUGUGGACAAACACCGGCUCUCUCGGCCUGAAAGGCAAGACGAGCACUGCACCCCAUAGUCAUCUUUGACUGGACUUAACCAGGGUCCUUUACCAUACCUUACCUAAUAACACCUAAGAUGAUUACGGUAGCUCAAAGCAAAGCUAACCCUGAAAUGCUCAUUAAGUUGUCAUGGCAGUGCCCCCUACCACUUGUGCCAUCCUUAUAUCUUAUGUCUUCCCAAUGACAGGGGGAAAACAGACUUUUAUCUCACAUAUAGAGGCCAUUACCACCCACCUAACAGAAUCAUCUAAAUCCUCCUUUUAGACUGAGGAUUCUCACUACCGUAGUUAUUUUACUGGAGCCAUGGUAAUAAAUUGUGUUUUAUGUCAGGUGGACAUCCAGUAUCUCUAGAACAGGCACCCCUAAACUGCGGACCUCCAGAUGUUUUGGCCUACAAUUCCCAUGAACCUUAGCUAACAGGACCAGUGGUCAGGGAUGAUGGAAAAUGUAGUCCAAAAUGUCUGGAGGGCCAAGGUUUGGGGAUGCCUGCUCUAGAAUAUAUUAUUUGAAGUUGUUGCAACCUCUGUCAUAUAUAGCCUACUGUUCCUGAUGCAUCCCUUUCAGAGGUGCAAGGGCUCAGUUCUGCCUGCUAGCUGUGUGAUUUGAAUGUCUGUUCUCUGUAGCUACUCAGCAUCAUAGAGAAAAGCAAAUUGGCAUAUAUUUAAUGUAAUCACAAACCAGUGUGUGCCCUAUCCCAUGUGCUGACAUGUGAGGGCUUCUUGCUUGCCUUUGUCAUUGCCAUGUUUCUUUAUCCAAUAUUGCCACCCACCCCACACCAGUACACCUGUCUCUAGCCCCCUCUGUUAUGUUUUCAUUGGUCUAUAGAACAUGUACAGUAUAUAAUUUUACUGAAGGUAGACUGACAGAGGAACAAUGACUGUGUUUGCUAUUGAUAAAUGUUAAUGUGUAACUGGAGAAAUUUCAUUCUUGAAAUAAGUACCUUGGGACAAACUGGAGUGACAGUGAUGGCUAUUUUGCAGCUUUUUGAGCACAAAUGUGUUUGUGGAACAUGUAUGUAAAUAAAUUGACAGUGACCAUUGUGGCUGCAAGCAUAAACAUAAACUUGUCAGGGCAUUCUUCCAUUCUAUAGGUUCAUCUAACAUAUAAAUUGGAAAUAUCUCCUCUGAGGUUUCUGAAAUGGGAAUCUUUAAGAUUGUCAAAACUAUAAAUAUUUGCUGUAAAUGUAACUUUGUUGUGUUAUUGUUUCUUCUUGCAAUAAGUAUUACUUUCCAUUGCUUCCGAUGUGGUAUGACAUGGUAUGUUCAAGAAAAUUGAGAGUAGCAAGUUCAGAAAGCAGAGAUGUACAGAGCCUGUGUAUUAAUUAGUAGUAUCCACAGCCUUCCUUACUCUUAACUUGCACUUCUUUGUGGCAGUAAUAUUGUUGAUCUUUAACCUUUGUUUGUUUUAUUCCGAUUCUCAUUUGAAUGACCCAACAACAUUUUGGAUUGUCUUGGACCAGAUCUAGACAUUCUUGUAGAAAUUUUACUUUCUAGAUCCAUUUCAAUUGGGGUUUAGGCCCGGUUUUUGGCACGGAAACUGCUUUGGUCACCCUGUAUGAUUACCUCUGUUGGGGGGGUGUGUGUGUCCCUGUUAAUUCUUCUUGACGUCUCCACAGCUUUGGAUACCAUCAACCAUGGUAUCCUUCUGGAGUGGCUCUCCGAGUUGAUGAUGGAAGUUGUAGUCCAAAAACAGCUGGAGGGCCAAGUUUGGCCACCACUGCUCUAAAGGAAUGGGUACACAACUUGGGGGUAUUCUGGAAUCUUUGCUGUCAUUUGAGGCUCAGGAGUGCCUUCCAUCAGCUUUGACUGGUGGCCCAGCUACACCCCUAUCUGGACAGAGACAGCCUAACUAUUGUUGUCUAUGCUCUGGUAACCUCUAGGUUACAUUAAAGGUAAAGGUACACCUGACUGUUAGGUCUAGUCGCAGACGACCCCGGGGUUGCAAACUUAUCUUGCUCUAUUAGCCAAGGGAGCCGGCGUUUGUCCGUAGACAGCUUCCGGGUCAUGUGGCCAGCAUGACUAAGCCGUUUCUGGUGAACCAGAACAGCAUACAGAAACGCUGUUUACCUUCCUGCCAGAGCAGUGCCUAUUUAUCCUAUUGCACUUUGACGUGGUUUCGAACUGCUAGGUGGGCAGGAGCUGGGACCGAACAAGAGGAGCUCCCCCUGUCGCGGGGAUUCCAACCACUGACCUUCAGAUCAGCAAGCCCUAGGCUCUGUGGCUUAGACCACAGCGCCACCCGCAUCCCAUCUAGGUUGGAUUGCUGCAACACAUUAUAUAUAGGACUGCCUCUGAAGACAGUUCUGAAACUUCAGCUAGUGCAGAAUUCAGAGGCCAGGUUGCUCACCGGGGCAAGAUGGUUUGAGCCUAUUGCACUGAUCCUCAUCCGAGGCUACCAGUUAGUUUCUGGUCCCAAUUCAAAGUGCUGGUUUUGACCUAUAAAGCCUUAAACUGCUCAGGAUGACAAUACCUCAAGGACCACCUCUCCCCAUAUGGACCUACCUGGAUCCUGAGAUAAUCUUCUGAGGCCCUUCUUUGUGUGCCUCCUCCAUGAGAGGCCCAGAGGCUGGCAACACAAAUAUGGGACUUUUUUUUUUUGCAGUGAAUCCUCAUUUGUGGAAUGCUCUCCCCAGGAAGGUUUGGCUGGUGCUUAUAUACCCUUUGGUGCCAGAUGAAAGCAUUCUUCUUUAAACAGGCUGAUUAACAUAAAAUUAUGAGGAUGGGGGAAGGAUGGUGACAUGUUGUGGGGAUGCUUUUAAGCAGCUGGAUUAGAUACUGGGAUCUGGGGUACAGAUUUAUAUCAGGAAACUAAGUGUAAUGCUUGGUCUGUUAUGAGUGCAUUUAUAAGUGGACAUAAAGGUGGCAUCUAAUUCUUCAGUGCUGUAAAGAUCCAAGCUUUUUAUUGGUGCUGAUGUAAUUAGCAGUAAGUGUAAAAAGAAGCACAAAGCUUCAAGUAAUAUUCCUCUCACAUAUUGAAAUGCUUGUAUAUGAAGAUUACCGGUAAUAGUCUAGAUGCUAUUGAUUCAUGAUUAGCAUAUGUACUUUAUCCCAAACCUAAAUCUCCAUUGUUUGGUGUGAAAAUAGUUCAUUUUUCUUUAGUUUGUAAAUAAAAAUAGUUAUAUUUUAACAUUUUAAAAGUGCCUCACAUAAAUUUAUAGUAAUCUUUAUAACAACUGCCAUAGAUAGGCCAAUAGGAUACUGAUAUAUUUUCUGCAGUUGUAAACAUCCAGUUUUUCUAAGUAGCUAAUAUGUAGGUUUAAUUAAGCAGGUUUAACUUUUGCUCUAGUUAAUUUCACUUUCUGCUUCCUGGUUUAAAUAAAUGUUAUGAAUAUUAAAAAGUAACUUGCUGAGUUAAAUGUGUUAUGAUUUUGAUAAAGGAGCAAUUUAUACAUUAGAAACUGUGAAAUCAAAUUACUAGAAAUAUCACAACUAGAGCUAGAAAUACCAUAACUAGACACUGGAAGGACCUAUCAAGAGUGAACAUAGACCACUGGUACCAAAACAUGUGGGAAACCAUCCUACUAGAAAAGUUAACAAAUUCAACUAGCACGGGGACAAGCUUUGGAGGAUGCCUUCACCCCAGUGUGGUUCACUUUUAUUACAGUAACCUAUCCCCUCCAACAGCAUACAGAUCAAUAUGGGUAACCUGACCCAACAACCUAGCCCGCCUUCCUCGUAUAAAGAAACCACACCACAACCUACUAUAUACAACCAACCAAGCUUGGGAACCCGUAACCUCUCACCAUAUCAAUAAAAAUAAAUAAAUACACAACUAAAGAACCUACCCAUGUGAUGCUGACACCCCCCCCCACUAAGAAUAGGCAAUAGAACGAAGAACAAUAUACCCAUCUUUCUCCCCCUCCCCUUCCUCCCAACUGUAAGAUUAUGGCAAAAAUGUAUCUCACCAAACGUAAUCUGAAAAAGACUGAAGUGAAAGUGGAGACAAUGGAUGCACCUUUCCCUCUUUAUCUGCUUGCUUUGUAACACAAAAAAUAAAAUAAAAACUAAUUAAAAAACAACACUGGAUUGUUGAAAUAUUUUGGGGCAAUUAACUGAGAAAUUCUUCAGUGAACUCCAUUGUGAGUGGCAUUGUAUUCAUGAAUCCCCUUGUGUGCUACUAUGGUAGUGGAUUGUGCCAUUGCCAGCUUUAUAUGCCACAUUCAUUCACAUGUUGCUGAAGAAGAAAUUAUAACCAGUGCUUUUUGGGGGGGAAACCCAGGGUACACAUUCACCUAAACAUUUUGUGAAUCUAAGUUUGGCCUCAUUGAGGGGCAGUAUUUCAAUGAGUAGGAAAAUGAGAGUACCCCUAAACAUUUUUUAAAGAAAAAAAAGCACUGAUUAUAACCAUACUUGGACAAAUGUCUUUGGUGCAUCUAGAACUGGUAAUAAUGACAAGACUAAAGUACAAUACUAAUGAUAAGACUCAAAACUUCAUUUUAUUUAUAAUCUUUCUUAUUCAAAAACAUACUGUAUAAUGAUAAAAUGAAACAAAAGCCCAAAUGAUCAGUAUUGUAGAAAGUUAUGGUUUUACCUAGUAUGUAACUUUCUGCACACUUUCACUCAGUUCUGGAAAACUGAGUACUUGAACUUUAAAAGCCCGCUGAAAAUGUGUGCUUGAACUUUUAUGAUUAAUAUGAAUAGGUGGAGGAUGGUGCUGGAUUCUCUGCAGAGCUGUUGACCCUCCCCUGCUUUCUCUCAUUUGUUGCAGUCUGAAUGGAAUAGAUUUUAUGCCCUGUCUUUCAACAGGUUUGAUGCUUUUGUUAAUUACAAUAACAAAUUAAUUAGUAGGUGUUUUGUUGAAUAACUAAAUUAUCUUCUUCAUAGUUUUUUAAUUCAUUGUUUGUUUUGAAAAGGUGAUCAUAUUUGGAGAUGCCUGAAAUUAUACCCAGGCAUCAGUAGGAGAUGCUCUGCUGUGUUUCUAGGUUUGUCCCUUGCUAAGAAAUAUCACCAUGGUGAAAUUUAAAAAGAUAAGUUGCCACCAAUACUGUGGCAUUCUUGGUUUUUUUGAAAUGUUUGACAACGUCAAAUAAUAUAUUUGACUGUUCAGCUGACCUCUCUGUGGUUUUCAAUGCCAUUGAUCAUGUUGCUCUUGUGGGUAGGUUCUGGAAUAGGGAUUAGAGUACUGCAUUGCAGCUCUUUUAAUUUAAUCCAUGGGUGGUAGUGAGAGUUCUGAAACAGUGCCUGUACACAAUAAUCAUCUGGGGUGAGGGACAAUAAAUAGAGACUCAGUCCAUGCAAGAUAGAUGUACUGUCGGCAGAUGUUCAUCUGCUUUCUUAAGUAAUAUUCAAUAUGCUUUGGAUGUAGUUGUACUGUCCCUAAAGGAACUGGUUUGUAUUUUGUGGGUGAUCUUCGAUCAAGCACUGUUACCUGAGGCCCAAGUGAACUUUAUGGCUCAGAGUAUCUUUUGUCUACCCAGUGUCCCCCCUGUCUGGUCGGAAAUUGCCUUCCAGUAAUACGUUAUGCAUGAGGCUACCUUUGAGGAAAGCUCCAGAAAAUAAGUCCGAAUAGGGCAGCUAGGUUAUUAAAUACGUACGGUAAAUAUGAUUUUGAAUGCUACUGUUUCAUAAUUUUCACUGCCUUCCAGUCUGUUUCUAGGUACAAUUCUAAGUUAUAGUGGUUGUUGUUUUUAUUGUCAUGUUUCAUACAGAAUGGUUAUUGAUAUAAGCAUAUACAAAAUGCAAUAAGAAAAGUGUGUGUAACAAAUAAUAAAUAGAAAAAAUAAAGAGGGGAGGGGAAAACCAGGCAACAACUGAGAGUGCAAUGCCAUAUACAACUAUUACAUAUAAGGAGAAAAAUGUCAGUUCAUAUUGUUCCAAAUAAAGCCUUUUGACAUAAUUAUCUGAAGAGCAGGGGGUUUAGUAGGCCAUUCAGUUAACACAGGAGAAAAAAACUUAUACUAUAUUGAAUAAAAGUGGUCUAUUUUUGAAGAACCAGUACGGACCCUCCAUUUGUGUGUCAAAUGUUCUGACAGUGCAAUGUCCCAUACUUUCUCUAGUCUCCUCUAGAGUGGAUUGUAUUUUCAUUGGGAAACCGCAGACAUUCUGGCUGUGGCAAGAAACAUAUAAUACAAGAGAUUUAUGCAUGAUGGGUGUGUUGGUACCACGCCCCAAAUAUAGGAACACCAGGCUAGGUCUAUGGACAGUACCUGAUAGGUGAUGGUGGAAAUAUGUAAAAAAAAUCCAGAGAAUCUCUGAGUCCAGAGAAUUUCUGAACUAUACAGCAACCCAACCACAUUAUGGAUAUACAGAGUAGGGCCCAAUGCCAUUUUAACACUGUUUUCAGUGUGGCUUCCUGUAUUCUAUAGAACUCAUUUUAAGUAGGAGUUUAGACCACAGUGCUUCCUAUACUUCUAUACUUCUUCCUGUAGCCCAGGCCUUCUCAGGGGCCUAAUCCUGCCAGCUGGUCGGUUUAAUCUGGCCCCUGUGGCACUUUAUAUCCUGGGGGGGGGAAUCCUAAAAACCCUCAACAACUUCAAUUGUAAAAAAAGCUCAACAACUUUGGGUUAAAAUCCUAAAAAAAGCUCAACAACUCCAACCCUAGAAAAAGGUCAACAACUUUGGUUGGCCCCCACACCCCUUCACUUCAUCAAAUCUGGCCCUCUUUGAAAAAAGUUUGGGCACCACUGCUCUAGUCAAAGACCUAGAUCAUUCUCUCAUAAUGCCUGUAGCCCCUGAGAAGAGCAUGAUUCUGUGUUAAGUAGAAUGCAACAUAUAUAGGAAGCCAUGCCCUUGUUACUUGAGGUCUCUUUAGGACAAAGUGAUUACCUUUUCCUUUCUGCAGCAAGAAUGGAGCAAAGGAGGAAACCUGUGUUAGUUGGAGAUAGUUGGGCAGGGUAUCUUUUAGUUUUUCCUUUAAUGAAGUUGCUGAAAUAGGAUGACCAUUUAGGCAUAAUAUCUUUGAUCCUACAGUUGCAAUCGAAAUUAUUCAAUCCCCGUUGCAAAUCAGGUUUACAUUAUCAAAAUUUACAGACUUUCAGCUGUUUUCAAUGAGCAAAUCAAACAAAAGCAAUUGAAAAAGCUCAAUACAACGGAUGCUUCAAGUGAUUUCCCCAAAUCUGGCUGAAAUUGCAACUUAUACUGGCUUUUCCAGUCUCACUAUUAUUCAGCCCCUCCAUGACAAGCAUAUUUAGUACUUACCGUAGUAGAGCAGCCUUUUGCUGUUAUGACCUGCUGCAAACAAGAAGAUGCAUAGCCAGAAAGCAGCUUCCAGCAGUGUUCCUGAGGAAUCUUAGCCCAUUUCUCAUGAGCAGUUGCCUCCAGUUCACUGAUAUUCUUGGGUUUGUGUCCUGCAAUCGCCUUCUUCAGUUCCCACCAAAGAUUUUCUAUGACAUUUAAGUCAGAACCUCCCAGGACUUCUUCUGCAAUCAAGGUUUGGUGGAAUUUGAGGUGUGCUUGGGAUCAUUGUCCUGUUGGAAGUUCCAAUGAUGCCCAAGCUUCAGCUUCCUCACAGAUGGCAUUAUGUUUCCUCCUAGGAUUUCCUGAUACUUCAAUGAAUCCAUACUGCCUUCCACACGCUGCAAGUUUCCAGUGCCAGAGGAUGCAAAGCAGCCCUAGAGCAUCACUGAGCCACCAACAUGCUUCACCAACACUGCUUCACUGAGUGUUCUUUUCAACCCAUGCUUCAUUCUUCUUCCUCCAGACAUAGCGCUGACCGUUGGGGCUGAAAAGUUCCAAUUUUGUUUCAUCGCUUCACAGAAUAAUAGAAUCUUAGAGUUGGAAGGGACCCAAGGGUCAUCUAGUCCAAAACCCCUGCAAUGCAGGAACCUCAGCUAAAGUAUCCAUGACAGACGACCGUCCAACCAUUGUUUAAAAACCUCCAAAAAACUAGAGUCCACCACCUCUCAUGGGAGUCUGUUCCACUGCUGAACAGAAUCCCAAAACUUCUGUGGCUUACUUAUAUGAUUUUGAGCAUAUUGGAGCUGACUUUUAUUGUGCAUUUGGGUCAGUAGUAGUGUAUGUCUUGGAGUUCUGGCAUGGAAACCUUCUGUGUUUGGUACAUGCCUUACUGUGCUCAGUGAAACCUCAGUGCCAGCUGCCAACAAAUCUUACUGCAGCUCUUCUGUAGUCUCUCAAGAAUUUUUCCCAGCCCACCUUCUCAGAAAUCUGGUUGCUGCCACUGAUAACUUCAUUUUUCUGCCCUGUCCAGGUAGUGUAACCACCCUUCCUUUAACUUUGAACUUUGACACUCAGCAAACUUUGACACUCACCUUAUAGGGUUGCCAUAUGUCCUCCUUUUCCAUGACAUGUUCUCUUUUUCAUAGGUAUGUAAAAUAAGAGUCAUCAUAGUGAUUCAUAGUUAAAAGUAGAAGUUGGCUAAUGUGUCCUCUUUUUUGCUCUUCAAAAUAUGGCAACCGCACAUUAAAUGAGUUGUAUUUAAGUCCUCAAUAGUUGUGUAGUAGGUCAUUAAACAUAAAAGUUUUAGUUUUGUAGCAUUUAUAGCAGACAACAGUGUGUCUUGGCACUUGGCUCUUGGUUUCUUGUUCUCUGUGUGCCUCUUCAAUGUCAGGAAGAGCAAGGCAGGGGUCUAUCUUCAAACUGUCAAACCAACUUAAAAUAAAAGCAAUCAUACCUCCCCCCUCCUCUCCCCCCCCAAUCCCACCUAGUUUAAUCCUCCCCCUUUAUCUCUAUCCAACUGAGCUGCAAACUUUAAAUCUAAAUCUUCAAUUGCAAUUUUAAGUGCUUGCAGCUUUUUUGGGGUGCUUAAUCUGGAUAAGAUUAGGUAACAUUGCAAUCUUGUUUUCAAGUGAAUGCAAAGCAGCUGCCCAGUCUAAAGCCUGUCUUACUUUAUGAAUAAACACUUCUGAGUCUUUUUCACAGCUCUGAGUAAUUGAUAGCUUCCUGCCAUUCAAGCCUUGUUAAUUUACUUUUCAGGCCACGCAAGCCCUGCAGCAUUACCUUUCAGGAGGUGUACUUAGAAAGUAAUGUCCAUUCUGAAAGAUGUGCUGCAAGACUUCAUUUGUGUUUGACUAUUGGUACUUAAAACUGGAAAGGAAAAUACAUAAUGGCAGUUCUCCAUCCUCUUGUGUCACCAGCGGUGGCUGAGCUGAAAUUUCCUGCAUCCUAAAGAAGAGUAUGUAUAAAAGGAAUGGCCUCAUGGCCAACGUGACAGUGACCUCCGCCACACCAGAGGGCAGCAGCAGUUCUGACUCUCUGGAAGGACGGAGUUCAGAUUAUGCCCAUAAAAGCUAUGAUGCAGUUGUAUUUGACGUAUUGAAAGUAACUCCGGAGGAGUUUGCAAGUCAGAUUACAUUGAUGGAUAUGCCUGUGUUUAAAGCUAUUCAGCCAGAGGAACUAGCAAGUUGUGGAUGGAAUAAGAAAGAAAAACACAUCCUUGCCCCCAAUGUUGUUGCCUUUACAAGGAGGUUUAAUCAGGUCAGUUUCUGGGUCGUACGAGAAAUUUUAACAGCACAGACAUUAAAAAUAAGGGCAGAAAUAUUGAGCCAUUUUGUGAAAAUAGCAAAGAAACUUCUAGAACUGAACAACCUUCAUUCCCUCAUGUCUGUGGUAUCAGCUCUGCAAAGCGCACCUAUUUUCAGACUGACGAAAACCUGGGCACUUUUGAAUCGCAAAGACAAGGCCACCUUUGAGAAGCUAGACUACUUAACGUCUAAGGAAGAUAAUUAUAAGAGGAUGCGGGAAUAUAUCAGAUGUUUAAAGAUGGUCCCCUGUAUUCCUUAUCUAGGGAUUUAUUUGUUGGAUUUAAUCUACAUUGAUUCAGCAUAUCCUGCUUCAGGCAGCAUCAUGGAGAACGAACAAAGAUCCAAUCAAAUGAACAAUAUCCUCCGAAUAAUUGCUGAUUUGCAAGUCUCCUGUAGCUAUGAUCACCUUAUAACGUUACCCCAUGUGCAAAAAUACUUAAAGUCUGUCCGGUACAUUGAAGAGCUUCAAAAGUUUGUGGAAGACGACAACUACAAAUUAUCCUUAAGAAUUGAGCCAGGAAACAGCUCUCCGCGACUGGUAUCUUCAAAGGAAGAUCUUGCAGGUCCGUCAGAGGUGUCAGCAGCUAUGAGGUUCAGCAGGAGACCAACUUGUCCUGAUGCCUCGGUGGCAGCCAGCCUGCCAACUCCUCCUGUACCACGACACAGGAAGAGUCACAGCCUGGGAAACAAUAUGAUGUGUCAGUUCAGUGUAGUUGAAAGUAAAAGCGCAACGUUCCCAACAGAGAAACCACGCCACCUGCUGGAUGACAGUGUGCUAGAGUCCCACAGUCCUGUCAGAAACAUCACAUUAAACUCUGUUUUCACCAAUGGUAUUUCCAUAGGAAGCAGUGAAAGCUCAGAAUUUAGUGAGGAGCCUUCUUCAGGCCUUGAAAGGGGUCGGUUGUACGCCACGCUGGGGCCCAACUGGCGGGUACCAAUUCGGAAUUCUCCCAGAAGUCGGAGCUGUGUCUACAGUCCAACAGGUGCCUGCAGCUGCGCAUCAGGGAGUUCCGUGGGGGUUGUUACCAUGGAAGGGCCUUUAAGAAGAAAGACAUUACUAAAAGAAGGCAGGAAGCCUACACUUUCCUCCUGGACUAGAUAUUGGGUAACCCUUUCAGGAUCUACUCUGAUCUACUUUGGAGCAAAGUCAUUAAGAGGCACUGAAAGAAAGCAUUAUAAAUCUACUCCAGGGAAAAAAGUUUCUAUUGUGGGCUGGAUGGUAGCACUGCCUGAUGACCCUGAACACCCUGAUAUUUUUCAGCUAAAUAACCCAGAUAAAGGCAAUGUUUACAAGUUUCAGACUGGUUCAAGGUUUCAUGCAAUACUGUGGCACAAACAUUUGGAUGACGCAUGCAGAAGCAACAGGCCUCAGGUACCUGCAAACCUUAUGUCAUUUGAAUAACGUGCUCCAGUAUGUGAUGAGACUUCAAGUGCCAAACUGCAAGAUGGGAAGAUCAUUCCCACAGGAAAAUGGAAGAAGGGGACUCUAGAGUGAGCCAGCUGUCUGUAACAGUGACUUCAGCACUUUUCUUAUAUAACUUGAAAGUAAUUAUGACACAGCUUCUAAAAGCAGAAAGUGAAUGUUAUCCUUAGGACAGGAUCUAACUCAAUGCACUGAUGAGAGAGGUGAUUUAGACUGAUUGAAGAUACAACCUGCUUAGUGCAGGAUCCUUGACUUUAGCUUUGUGGUCACAGACUACCGUGGAUUUCUGUUCUGCCACAAACUGUGCAUCACAUCUUCUGCGGAUUUUUUUUUUAUCUGCUCUUUUUAUUGUUGAGCUGCUUUAUGUGACUGAAGAACAUUUAGCCCAUGUUGGGUUUUCAAUUAUUUCUAAUGCACAAAAUGACAACAGUGUUAACUUUGCUGCAAAGUGUCAAUUAGAAUAGGACAUUGUGGAACAACGUUUUUAUAACCUUAAGUGCACUGAGUUGCUUGGCAAUGUGGCUGCCUCAGAUUUUGUAUCAAACAUAGAGACAAACCAAUGUUCAUACCUGAGCUAUUUGAGAAAUGUGUAUUUUGGCACAAGAUAAACCACCUUCAAUUUAGUGUUUGUUUCUUGUAAUUGGUUGUGCUGCUUUGUUUUAAUUAACUACAGGUGCCCAGGCAAAUGAAGGGUCUCUUGCUGCUGAAAAAUCAGUUGGUGUUAACGCUCCUCCUGGGUUCUUUCACCCCAAAAAGAAAUAUUUGCCUUAAAUUAUUUGUUUUUCUUUUAACUGUGGGUGCUAUUCAGUUUAGUUGCAAGAGCAUUCCUGCCCUGGGACGAGGGGUUACACCCUCUCCCUUUUUCCAGGGAUGGGGGGUAGGGCGGUUGCCAGUACAUCCUUCCUGGGCCCACCUUUUUUGAUACUUCACAUACCUUUCUUUCACAGAAAAUCAGUGUUAAGGCUAUAUUCAGCUAGGAAAGAAUACAUUGAUUAUCUCCUUUUCCCUCAUUUCCUAACAUAUGAACAGCAGUCAGUAAGUACUCAGCCACUGAACAUCUGCAAGACUACAACUGAGUGGUACAGCUUUUAAUAAACAUGGGAAGCCAUUUUGGAUUAACAGAACUCUGCAUCUGAAGAAAGUACUGGCAAGGGCAUGCUGUCUAUUGAUCUAAUUGAAUAUUGUUAAUCUUUGAAUAUUUUUUAUUUUAAAUAAUUUCCUUUAGUGUUCAGUGUCUCAGUGUCUGUUGACUAUUGUUUUUAAUUGUCACAUUGUAUGCUUGUGUCAUAGAUCUAAGACUGAAAUCCAGUAUGAAACUGGCUGUCAAAGAGAACCCAGUUACUGAAUCUAGUAAGCUACCCAAAAGGGGCGACAGGCAAUUUUACAGCCAAAUGUAUCCCCAAACACCCUUUUUACAGUUGGGAGCUGCACAGCUGGCUUUCUUGCCAAUCCAAAAGCUAAAUUCAUGAGAGCGAGGUACUUGUAAUAAGAUAUCUAUAGGUCUAUCAACAAACUUAUCAUCGGCCAAUGAAUGGAAUUCUCUUUUCAGACAUCACCAUCUCAUAAUGUGUUGGGAUACAAUUUUGAAGGGUUCUCUUAUAAAGAGAGGUGGAUUGUUUUUUCAAGAACAUUUCUCUGGAUUUGCCAUCAAAAGCAAAGGUGUAUGAUUUUGUAACAUCUCUGCAUAUAUGUGGAUAAUAUCCUACCUACCUGCAGGAUGCAGAAAGAGACACAUCUUGCCAGCUGAAUGAUGGUUAUUAGAAGUCUGAUUGCCAAACCUCCUACUUAAUGCUGAAAAGCCAACACCAUCCUUUUAUACUAAAUGAUUAACCUCAUCCAGGUGUGUACUCAAGUUUUAAAUAUCUGUAUUUAAGCCAGAAACUCAUUACAAAACCAUGGAUAACAUUAUCAUCACUUCUACAGUUGUAUUAAAUCAAAGCACCUUUCCAUUGACAGCCCAGCCUGACUUCUAUCCUAUGUAACUUCCAAGGAUGCCAAAAAUGCAAGGAGUACCCCACCUGAUGCAGGGAAACUAAUAAAUGGUUAAAAGGACUAGGCCUUUUCAUGCUGCCAAAGAGCAAAUGCUAUAGAAAGGGAAUUAUGACAUGCAUAAUUUAGUGACUCCGUUGUCAACGAAUGGCUUAAGGAAAAACAGUGGUGUUUGGGUUACCUACCAAUCAAAUAAUUGGAUGGAGAAGAACAAUCUGUACGGUAAAUUUUACCUCAGUCACUAAGGGUUAAAAUAUACAUUGGUUAGAAUACAAACUGUAGCUCUUUUGUCAAAAUGUAUUUGAAGCAAAAUAAAUUUGAACUGCUCAGAAUAAGUUCCAAGACCUAGUUAUAUAAUGAUUCAUCAGUAAUCCAGGUGCUCAAAGUUACUGUCAGAAGAGCAACAUUUAAAUCUAAAUAAUAAAUGCCCAUGUUCAUAAGUCAGCGUGAACCACAAACUGAAAUUACACUGGCUACAUCCAAAAACCAUACACUAUUGAAGGCAAAGGGAUAGUUUAUUAGAUGCCUCUGAAUGGACAGAAACAGCUAUCAAGCAUGAAGGCUGCAAAACUUAGAUAAUUUAUGAGGAAAUAAGUCCCAGUGAAUCUAGUGGGCCUUCUAAGUAAGAAUGUGUGGCCGCAAAACUCUUUCAGAACAAACACUUACAGAAAGCAGAUCUGUAUUUUGCUUUAUAUUUUACUUACUGGAUAAACAAGGGAAAAUAUUUUGGCUUGUGAAGAAUCCCCGCAUCACAAGAAAAAUGCCUCCCAAAUCCCAUCAGCCUCCACCCUUUUACAUCAAGCACCUCAAUCCAAAGGAAUUUGGAUCAGAAAUCAGCACAGUCCUUGAUAAUGACAUUGCAUUAAUGAAAAUAACACUUGUCAUGGUGACAGCCAUGAGAGGGGAAAUCUCCUUUUGUAAUGAAUGAAACUUGCAUGCAUCUGUAGAGGGGGAAAUCUCUUGGAAUUAAGCUACUUGAAAGUCCCUCUGCAAAUCUGCAUUUGGAAUGUUUUGUUUUGUUUUUGUUUUUAAGAAAAGAAAGCAAGAACCAGUGAUGCAAAUGGCUGGCCAUGAUUUUGAUUUGUUGUAUAUGGACAUGGAAAGUUGUACAAUAAUGAGUUGUGUGAUAAUGGUGAUAUGAUGCAGUAUUCAGCAAUAUAAGCAUCUUUGCUGCAGUGUUUUGAGAAGAUGAAAUAAACGAGUGUUAGUACAGUAUAUGAAAAUUGUUAUUAGCAUAAUCCACAUUUAAAUGGUUCUCGUCCUAUAAAAGCAUGAAGCUCUACUUAGCUACUGAUUUUUGUGUGUGUGCACCUUUUACUGUGAAUUCAAGUGAUGCUUAUUGGUACUAUUUAAAAUACCACUUCCCUCAAAGGAUAUCACAAAAACUGUGCCCUGGCAUGUAUGUGUGUGUGUGUGUAAAAAUACACACAAACUCAUACUCAGCUCUUGUGCUUGAAAACAGUUCAAAUUAUUUCAAUGUUGGCAACAGAUCCACGUGUGCAAAGGCAUAUUCUACGAAUUGGCUUUGUCCUUUGAAAUGAAUAGUGGUGCUGGUGCAGGUGAGAUAACCCCAUACUACACACCAGUAUUCCUAUGCCCAGAACUGAUUACUGGAUCAGGUCCUAGUGAAUAGUGAUAAUUGUACAAAGCUAGUCUUUUUGUUCAGCUAUUCUGCAAAAGGGUCCCUAUCAAAUUAUUUUCAGGAUGACUGUUAAUGAUUUGUUUAGCUGUAUUGAGCAAUAUUAUUUAUUAUUAAUUUAUUAGCGUGUAUGUAAUUUAAAAGUAAACUUAGUGCCAAAAUGCAUGUUUUUCCAAUUAGCACUCAGUCAAGGUAUAGACAAUAGUAUUCAAUUUUUGACCCAUUUGUCACAUUGUGAUGUAAACCAAUUUCUAUAUUUCAAUUUGUUUCUUGUGAGAACUGUUGCACUAUUUUAUUUUAUUUUUACUUUUAGCUGUAUUCCAGCAGCCCACUGCAUGCCAUUUGUGUAAGGCCUCUUUCUAAAAAAUCUUGUGAAUUGUCUCUCAUAAUAACCACUGAACUUUUAACUCUUGUGUGGGAGUCUUUUAGGUUUUUGGCACAGUAUUUUGUUACCUCAGUCUUCUAUCAGGUUGCUGUAUUUUUCAGCUUGUUACAUUGAUGAUAAUUGUUUCACUAAUUAAAAACUUUAAUGUAAAAAUACAAUAUGGUUUUCUUUCUUUAGCACAUAUUUUACACAUAUGGUUUAUAACUGCUUUUUGACGCAAAGGCCCCCAAAGCUAUGAACAUAUUAAUACAAAAGAAACAUGCAAUUAAUAUAAAAUAGCAGAUCACAAUUAUACUGGUUGUGCAUUCGUCAACAGCAUCCAUGGUGUCACUUAACAUGCAGCUCCCCAGCAUUCCACCUUUUGCUUGGAAGCCAGGUUAACUAACACACAUACACCCCUUGCCCAGCUCAUCCAAUCUCUCACAUCCACAAGCACUCAUCCAGCAGCAGUAUCCUCAUCCUAAUCACCCCUCAAAGGAGUAAAAGGCAUGAUUUCCACUAGCAGCUACUCACAUGCAAUAGGUUGUUGUUUACCAGGUGCAGAUAAAAAAAGUCUGGGGAGGCCAAGUUAGCAUUGUCAGGCUCUUGCCAAGGCCCACAUUCCUGAAGGGGAUGUUUGCUGAUCAAUCAUCAAAAAAUUUCUGGCCCUGCUGCUUUCCCCUCUUGAUGUUGCUGCCCUCAGUGAGUGUACAACUAACUACAUUAAGUGAAGAUAGCGAGCAGCACCCCCAACUUGCUUUGCACUCCCCCUUCUAGUUGCUGAAUGGAUUGGGCUGAAAGUGGGGAAGCAAAUGGGCAGCAGUUGCAGGGUUAAAGAAAAGACGGCCCAAUUCAGAGACAAUUGGUCCACUUGCCCAAGAGCUCCCAAAACCUAAAAACUUUGCAGAAUUAGUGUUGUUGAGGAUUUCAACUUUUCUUGUUUUUUUUUUUUAUAAAAAAUCUAUCCUUUGUGAUAUCAGUGAAAUUCAUAUUUGAAACUGCAAUAGGUAUUGGCAGAAGCCUCCAGGGUUCAGGAAGUUGAAUUUGUUUUUGUUGAGGUUCUGAAGAAUAAAAGACAAUUCCAUAAAGCCUGACAAGAAGAAAAUAUAAAGAAAACUAGGAAAUGCUGGAGGAAAACAAUCAGGCAAAAGCUGCUAAGACUUUCAUCAAGCUGUUUACACAAAUUUGUUUGCAUUUUAUAGUUAAUUGUCUACAUCAUGGGUAGGCAAACUAAGGCCCGGGGGCCGGAUCUGGCCCAGUCACCUUCUAAAUCAAGCCCAUGGACGGUCCGCGAAUCAGCAUGUUUUUACAUGAGUACUGUGGAAUGUGUGUUUUUACCGGUAUU